ACACCAGAAAAAAUAACAAUCACCAAAAAAAUACAUAUAAAUCUCUCUCUCUCUCUUUCUCUCUAGAUUUUCCGACUACCUUUAAAUUCGCCGGCGAUGAAUCUCGCCGGGAAAAUGAAUAUUCCAGUAAACAUGACCGUCUCUAGUAACGCUGUCUCCGACCACCGCCGUCACGUGUUCCGUGAAAAUCGUCACUGAUCCGUCUCCUAGACUUUCUUUUUUAGUUUUAUUCUUUGCUUCGUUUUGUGAAAAUGAUCCGCUGAUUGAAGAAGACGGUCUAGGUUUCUUCUUUUAUUAGCUGAGAGGUUUGGUAGAUUCUUCUUCUUCUUCUUUUUAUUGAAUCCGUGUUUUUUGAAUUUUUGAGAGAUCUGAGUUUGGAACGAGAAAUUGACUUGGACCGUAGUCAGUCUUUGUUAAAACGAUGCCGUUUACGAUGAAGAUCCAACCGAUUGAUAUCGAUUCACCCGCCGUAGCUAAACCGGUGCUCAAAUCUCGCCUCAAACGUCUCUUUGAUCGGCCGUUCAGGACCGCAACCUCCGAGAAACCGUUCACCGGCGGCGAAGCUCAAUCCGCGACGGAGUUCGAGCCGAGCUCCGUUUGCUUAACGAAGAUGGUUCAGAACUUCAUAGAGGAGAACAACGAGAAGCAAGCCAAAUGUGGACGUAACCGCUGCAACUGCUUCAACGGCAGCAACAACGAUAGCUCCGACGACGAUGAUUCAGAUCUCUUUGCCUCUGAUCAUCUCAAGAGCUUGAUCCCGUGCGCGACCGUCGCGGAGAGUAAUCUCUUAGCCGACGUGGCGAAGAUUGUAGAUAAGAACAACAAGUCAGUCAAACGAAAAGAGGAGAUGAGGAAGAUGGUCAACGAAGGACUCUUAUCUCUUCACUACGACUCGUCAAUCUGCAAAUCCAAAUGGGACAAGUCUCCGUCGUUCCCAGCCGGCGAAUACGAGUACAUAGACGUGAUCGUUGGAGAGGAGCGGUUGCUGAUCGAGGUUGAUUUCAGAUCGGAGUUCGAUAUCGCGAGGCAGACGAGCGGUUACAAGGCGCUGCUUCAGUCGCUUCCGUUCGUCUUCGUCGGGAAAUCAGAUCGGUUGAGCCAGAUCGUUGCCUUGAUCUCGGAGGCGGCGAAAGUGAGCAUGAAGAAGAGAGGAAUGCAUUUGCCUCCGUGGAGGAAAGCUGAGUACAUGCGAUCUAAGUGGAUGUCGUCUUAUACCAGAGCCUCCGGGAACGCUGAGGAGCUGCCUCUUGCGGCGGCCGCGGCGGAGAUGGAGGUAGAUUGUGAAGAGAUUGAGCUGGUUUUUGAGGAGAAAUCUUUGUCUCCGGUAGUGGUUAAGGCUUCCUCGUCUGUUGACGGCGAUGGUGCUGAUGCCGCGGUGAAGGCCGUCACCGGAUUAGCUUUACUCUUCAAAGAGAAGCCUUGAUAAUAAUAAAAUUUUUGGAGUUUUUUAAUUUACUUUUUUUUUCUAAUUUUCUUUAACCUUCCGAGGUAAAAAAAUUAUCAUAUAUUUUUUUUUACCGUUCUCUUUUUGUAGUUGUUUUUGACCUCUUUUGUUUUUUGUUUUCUUCGCAAGGGGUUACCACUUUGUACUUAUUACCGUCCACUGUGAAAAAUAAAUAAAAAAUAUUGUACUUCCGAAA